CUGACCGCGGUGACCUCGGGCCGGCCGAGCCUCUGCGGAGGAGAGACCUUGGCUUAGGACUGUCCUUGGUCUGCGUUGUUGGGAGCAAGUCAGGAAGGGCCUUGUCCGACUUUGUAGGCCUGUCAGCGAUGUGGUUUUUGGUCCUGGCGUUUUUCGGAGAGGUGUGGGGCUGAAUGUGGUGCGGUGAUGCUGGUUACGGAAUACAAAAGCGUCGCAAAUCAUUGCUCCUGGGAGGAGUGUUGAUUUUACGUGUGGAUCGUGAGUCACCGCUGGCAGGAUUGGAGUUCUUGGGUUGUUUUGAGGGUGUGUGUGUGUGUGUGUGUGUGUGUGGAGAGGCUGUUGGGGUGGUGUACCCGGUUCAAGACCUGGGAUGAGGUGUGUGACAGAACUCGUUCGCUCUCUGGUUUAGGUAGACUGGCCCAGCCUGAUGGUUGGGUCUUGGCCAGUUACCUCACUUAGAAAGGUGUGACCCGAGAGGACAGCCCCUGUAUUGGGUGCCUGCAGAGAGGCAAAUCUCUGUGUCUGUUUGCUGGGAUCCAUGAUAGCAGUGUUUGAGGCAUGGCUGUUAACUUGGGCAGAAUCGUCCUCUGCACUUUCUACUUAGCUCCCGGUGAAACUUACAAAAUUGUGUUAUCAAUAGUUUUCCUUAUUGAGUGACAAUACUAGGAUGGCGGUGUCAUGUGGAGGGAGGGACAUUUUUUGCAAUCCUUGCUGCUCAAUGUUUAGGGUUAGGCCCUUUCUAAACAUAAUUACCAUUUGUCUCUGAUAGGUGGGUGACAAUCAAGUAAAAUGUACCAGCGCACCGUGCACGUUAAUUUUUUUUUUUUCUCCUUACUUAUCAGGAAGGACACAGAGAAAAUGUACAUUGGGAACUGGGCUGAAUCAGGAAGUCAGGAAACUGGGAGGAGUCUUCUCAGGAAACACUGUGCUUGCAAUGGUAGAAUUUUGUGAUGGUGGAGAUAUUUGAAGGUUAUCAGCUUCAAAUAAAGUGCUUUUUUAGUGUAACCAUUUUCAUAGCCACCUAUGUGGUUUUGGUUAUCAUUCCUUACCUUUAUCAAUGACCAAUGGAAUUGUUCUGAUAGGUAUAAAUGGUGUUGAGGGGGCAGUGUAUGGCUGUGGUACUGAUUAAGUUGGUAGGUAAAUGAACUGAGCACUGUGCUCUUGGUCAAAGCAGCACUGUAUGCUCACUUAUCAUAUACUUAUCUUCCUCCUUAUUUCACAUAGAAGUCCUGCAUCCUCUCCUUUUUUCUUACAUUCUCUCUAACUUUGAAAAUUAAUGUGAAAUACUCAUCUUUCCAUAGAAAGUGAGGAGUUGAAAUUAUAUGGGCAAAAUGGUAGUUAUUACAUUGAUAGAAAUCCUGAUGUGUGAAGUGACUUGCUAGGUUACUAGUAUUACCUAGAUCCCUCACCUAUUCUGAAAAAUGACCAAUUGCCAUCCAGCCUCAGAUAUGUCAGUAGGACACAAAAGCAAUUGUCCAAUGUAAAUUUACUACUGAAUCUUUGCUAAAAAGCAUAAGGAUAGUUAUGACUCAUUUGGUUUAAUCAUGUGUCUUUGGAUCUUCAUCUCUUUUUCUGUUAUAUGGACAAAUUCCUAGAUCACCCCUUAGCCUUUGUAUAGAACUUUCAAUAGGGAAAGACCAAAAAGUAUGUGUGUAUAAUCAGAUAUACCUCUCACAGUAAUUGAAAGACAGAUAUUCAGUGCUUUGCCUAAACAAUUAGAAAAACGUGAUUGAGAUAUUUUCCAGUCCUAGAUGUUUCUGUCAUGUGAGGACAGAUCAUCUGUGACUGAACAUCAUCUUUUUUACUGUUGUCCUUAUGAGUUAUGCAUCUCCUGCACAGUAUGAUUCAGCAGUGCUGUUUUGCACAAGGUCGAAAGAAAUUAGGAAUUAUAACAGAAGUACAGAAUAGAGGCAGCGUUUGGAUAUUGGAUGAUCUUUUCUAGUAUUUUCCUUCAUGUCCUUCUUCAUAGUUUCUGAUGAAGAACAAUCAAUAGUUUAUGUUCCAGGAAUUUCUACAGAAGAAAGUACGAAAUCAAGACACAAGUUAAGUCCAAAAGCUGAUGUUAAACUUAAGACUUCCAGGGUUACUGCUGCUUCAGUCUCCAUGGAGUCUUUAAAAGGUGCAGGAGAUUCAGUAGAUGACCAGAAUUUCUGCAGAGGAGGAAUAAAGAGUGCAUCAUUGAAGGAUUUAUGUCUGGAAGACAAAAGACGCAUUGCAAAUUUAAUUAAAGAACUGGCCAGAGUAAGUGAGGAAAAGGAAGUGACAGAAGAACGAUUCCGAGCUGAGCAGGAAUCAUUUGAGAAGAAGAUCAGGCAUUUGGAAGAACAGAAUGAACUGAUCAUCAAAGAAAGGGAAGCUCUUCAGCUACAGUAUAGAGAAUGCCAAGAACUUCUAAGUCUCUAUCAGAAAUAUCUAUCAGAACAGCAAGAGAAACUCACCAUAUCUCUCUCAGAACUUGGUGCUGCUAGAAUGCAAGAACAACAGGAACUCAAAGUAAAAUGCAUGACUUCUUCAGAGGACAGACGAAUUCCUUAUUGUUUGGAAAGAAGCUGGGUGAUGGUAUCCAAUAGGAAAAGCACUCUUCAGUCCUCAGCUAUGGAACUGGAUGGUUCCUACUUGAGUGUAGCCAAAUCACAAACCUGUUAUCAAAACAAGGAGAAGCCUAGGUCUGCAAACCAGGACUCAGCUUCAGAAUCCCUUGUGGAGUUCAAGAAUAAUUCUUUGAAACCAGCAGACUUUCAUUAUUCCAAAGAGGAUCUAGACAGGAUGCCAUCAGAGACCAGAACAUGUGAUUAUGGAUCCCCAGGGAGAAGAUUAGUAGAUGCGGUCCCUAUAGAGAAGGCUCCACCAGUGGAACUAAAGAUGAAAGAAUGCCACACCCUGAAGCCUACUCCAUCCAGUCAGUGUUGUGGUCAUAGACUUUCUGAAAAUGCAGAUCCUGUUCAUGAAAGCCAUCCUACACGCAUGGCCCCUCAAUAUUCCAGAACACAUCUGGAAUCAUGCAGUUAUUGUGGGCUUUCCUGGGAUUCCCUGAUGCAUGGUCAAGGGACACAGAAGUCUAGUGAAACCGAUAUCAAAAAGCAACUCUCAGAAAACAGAAGGCAGCAACUUAUGCUUCAGAAAAUGGAGCUGGAAAUUGAAAAAGAGCGCCUUCAGCAUCUGCUGACCCAGCAGGAGACAAAGCUUCUCCUAAAACAGCAGCAGCUUCAUCAGUCUCGACUGGAUUACGAUUGGUUAAGAACUCAAGCUGCAUUUAAAUCAAGAGAACUCCUUGCUGCUAAAGAGUUUACUAAACCCCAGGAACUCAAUCUGGAUAUGAAUGGGGAUGACUCUGGACCAAGUUUAUUGAAGUCAAAAUGUGAUGGCUGGCUGCUGGGACCAUCAUCAUCCAUCAAAAAAUACCAAGAGUCCACAAGCAGUGUUGAGAAUAGAAGGGAAAAGAAGACAGUUGGGUUUCAACCACAUACAGAAGAUGAUACAGACAUGAUAUGGACAUGUCAAAAGAAAGAUACAUAUCAACCCCUAAGAGGAACAGGGGCAGGAGUUAGAAAAGAUGCUUCCACAUCUCCUAUGACAAAAGGAAGCCAAAAGGAGCUUGCAAUCACAACCACAUCGGCACUGCAGCUUGACACUUCCCGGUAUGAAACAUCUCUAUUGGAUUUGGUUCAAUCUCUGAGUCCAAAGUCUGCUCCCAAACCUCAGCCCCAUCCCUCCAGAGAAGCUGGGGCCUGGAAUCACAGUACUCGCCGACUCAGUCCUCGAAAAUCAACAUGGAACAAGAUGGGGGCAGGCAGGACCCCUGAAGACCUGGAGGAGAAUCAAAUUCUGGAAGAUAUCUUUUUCAUUUGACGUUGAAACACACGCUACAGGAUUCCCAUACGACAUGUGUGGGCUUCUUUAUAUACUGAUCUAGGAUUUUAAAUUAUUUUAUUGCAAAGUAACCGUGUCUCUCCUUUCACAAUGGCCUCUCUCACUAACAUCCUGUUAUGUGUUGAACUAAUCAUGCUACAAACCCAGGGUGGUUUUGAUCAUACCAAUCAGUAGGUAACAUAUUAAGGGGGCAUGGGAGUGGAGGGCCAUAUCUUUCCCGUGCCAAGCAGAGAUUAGAAAAUUAACAUGGAAUACCUUCUACAUGCAAAGCCCUUUGCAUAUUCAGCCUCAUUUCCACUGUUUCCUUCGCAAUGCCUUAUUGGAAAACGUUGGCUUUCUUUUGUACACAAGGAAAACCUUUUCAUGGAAAGAUCCCUCUGAUUGAAAUGGAGCCCUUUUGUAGCAUAAGCAGUUUCAGAAAGAAAGAACCUUUACCUCUCUAGCUCUCCUUCACCUCUGUAUACGGGUAGUCAUUUAAUUCUGAAGUUGGGCUUAGUGCCCCUCCCCGUUGCUUGUGACGUCACCAGGACCAGUCUUGAGUCCCUUCCAGGAGUCAUCAGCCCUUAACCACAGGGCACAGUGGGCCGGAGGGAGGGACCCAACCAACCCUUGGAAACCAGCAUUAAGUAACACACCUGGAACAACUGCCCUCUGGAAAUAAAAUGGAGGCACAGGCCUGACAUGCUUUUCCUGCCAUCCACUCAUUUCCCAGAAUAAAUAAGAGCAAUAACUCAGUACUUUAUAUUGACUCAAGUGUCUAUAUUUGUGAGCUGUUCAUGGCUGUGUCUGGGGAAGAUGCCACUAGAGAGAAAGGAGCAUCAGCUGCCACAGGCUGAUCGGCUUUCCCUGGUCAUCCCUCUUACGUCUUGAGGAUCAAAGGCCCAAGGUUGACCAGGCCUUUUAUGUGCUCUGCUCUGUGUUACUGUCCCAUGACCCCAAAGAGCCCUCUCUACUUGUCAGAUUUUCCUCCGCCCCUCCAAGCAGCAUCUACCAAUCUUUCCCACUGGGCCUCCAUUUAACCCAGAGAAAGCUUGUGGAAGAAGUACACUUGAGACCUCAUUCUCUAUUCUCCUAUUUGGCAGAGCUCUUGAGAUGGGUCCUUCAGCUUACAGGGGCUUUAGUGGGCUCUUGUGCUAAUGGGUAGCAUGAUGAGCCUGCUAGAGCCAGUGAGUUGACAACUUCCCAGUCAUUGGAAGCAAGGGAGAUGUGUCCUCAGAAGUGAGUAGUGGAUGACUUUAUUUCAUCUGGAGGGUAUCGCUUUCUUUCUCUCUCCCUUCCACCCAACUCCAGACUUGAAGUGGGACCAAAAGUCUUUAUCAGUGAGCAUUGGUAGCCACAGUCAGACCACCCAGGGUAAACUGCUGUUGGUGAGCCUGCAUAGCUUCCCUGAAUUCUUUAUCAAAACUAGAUUAUGUCAGCCUACAAAAGCCUUGUUAAAUAGAUUCUUUAUCUAGAUAGAUCUAAAUCUCAUUGUCUCUUCUGGCUGAGGCCCUGUCACCUCUACUUAGCCUUCCCUCCCUUUGAUCUUCUUGCUGUUUGGGGAAGAGAAAAAUGAGAUCUACCAACACCAGUCCUUAAUCUGAGGUCAAGAUUAACAAAUUUUAGGCAUUCAAUUACAAAGUUGAAAAAACACUGCAGAUUAUAGUGUCCUUUUAAAGUUCACCUCAUGACAGGAACUGAGUCAAUUUCAUCCCAUUUCAGAAAGCAUUUGGAAAAUUGAGUUUCCUUUUGGUAUAGCAAAAUAGGGAGCAAAAAACUGAGAGCCCUUAGCCAUUUUCUCAAUUAAAUUUAGAUUUCCAGAACUCUCUCUUCCUUGCCCCAUAAGUGUCAAGAGCACCGUAAGUACAUCCAUCUCCCUUGGAUCAGCCAUAACUACACUCCCUCAUUUGGAGACCAGUGUCUUUACAGCUUUCUAGAAUAAGAGGAUGCCAGAAAGACCAAGAAAAGGAUUAUUUCUUUAAGAAGCUUGUUGCCUUUAGAAGAAUCAUAAAUGAGAGAUAUAAGCUAAGGGCUUUUGGCUGGGGGCAGGAGUGGUCACGUGCCACAGAUUGGAGUUUAACUGCUUCUUUACCUCCCCCUGCAUGAGCAUUUUGGAAGAGCAAAGAUGGAUGUUCAGCAGAGCAUCAAUCAACUUAUUUUUUAUAUGCUACAUUCCCCCACCAGUUGCCUUUAUCCUGUAGGCACUUCCUGUGUGUCAGGACAAUGGGAUGUGAAUAUGUGCCUAAUCCAUUGGCUUCCUUGUGAAUUGAACAGCGUAUGUUAGCAUCUUCAUCUGUCUGACUUUGAGAUAUGUAUAUGUAUAUAUAUGAGAAGUUUGUUGUAGAGCCUGUAAGUUUGGCCUAAUUGCAGAUUUCCUACAGAGAGAGGGCCUGACACAGAGGAGUCUGCUUUCUUACUGGUAAAGUGCUCCCAGCAGUGACUGGAUGCCUCCAGCUGCUUCCUCAGAGCAAGACUAGACACAUACUAGGGGUAUUGCAGAUAAUGCCACAACAUCGCCCACCCUGCUGCCCAUCACUCUGUGAGAGAGAAACCAAUCAAUGUUUGCACCAUGGGACUGGACAAAGUAUGUCCAUUCAAGCUCCUACAGGGGCACAACAUGCUUGAUUUAGGAAACUAAGGUCAAUCAAGGAAAAGCUUUUGCUGACAAGUCAUCCUUCCUGGAGGCACACUAGAGUUCUUCCAAAGCUGACCCCCAUUGUGAGGACUUAUCUAAAAAAUCCCCAAUGUCCUGGGGAAGGGAGGAGCUCUCUCCUCAGUCAGAGCCUCCCUUUCCACCCGGCCCUGCUCCCAGCACCACGGCCAGAGACUCUGGGAAGGGAUAGGCCUAAAGGAGCCCAGCUAGAUGAAGUCUGCCAUCACUAGUGAGGUGGACGGAGGUUUUGGCAGACCCCUCCCAGCUCAGGCUUUAUCCUCACUUCAGAGAGUAUUGUUUAUAUACAUAUGAGAUUUUAAGUUAAUAAAUUAUCUCCAUGGCUAUUUUCCCCAUGUGGUUUUGAUAUCAAAUGGUCCCUUCAACACCCCUCAUCAGAUCGGCAGAGGUCCAAAGCAAGAGCAACACUCCAGGUUAUCAAAAUGUUAUUCUUUUCAGUAUGUGUUAAAACAGCAGGAGCUUGGGUCAACCAAAAGAAAGGAAACGAUUUGUCACAUCCUGAUAGGUUUUCCUGGUUGACUCCCACUCGCUCCCAUCAUGUGGACACCAAGCCGCCUCUUGGUUGUGUGGUUGCUGGAAUGGAGCUUUCAAUCUGUGUGCACCUCUGAGUCCCUUCCAUUUGCCUGUCCCCCAAACUACUCAGCAAGGAAAAACUAUCACAGCACUUCGAGGCAGGAAAAAUGGCCCUAUCUAGUUGACUUUAGGUGCUAAGAGAUGUUAGGCGAGGGCAUGUGUGCCGGAAAUGCCCAGUUUGGGGAUCAUACGAGUGGAUUCAAUUAAUGGCCAGAGACCCUAUCCUGCCUCUUGUUCCCCAGGUCAACCUGGCACCUCCACCUGACCAAGGAGACUGCAAAUGCCCCUCAGGUGGAGGUGGCGAGAACACAAUUGUCAGUCAGCUCCAAGCCCUCUGUGCCAUCUUAUUCAAUGCUUAUGAAAGUCAUACUUUUAAGAAAUCAUUUGUAUAUGUGUUUCUUGUAAGCCACCUGUAGUCCUUUAUGGAAUGAGGACAAGGGUAUGUCUGUGCACACCUAAGGUUCUCAAAGUGUUACCUUGUGCACCAAUAAAGAAAAUGAGGCAUAACAAGCCCUAACUAAGGUCAUCAGCUAGUAAAGAAUAGAAUUCCAACUUGGAAUCUGGGGUUGGGAGAGUCAUUAUUCCCUUCUUCCCGUCUCCUCCUUCCUGUCAAACUCACAAGUAAUGGCAGGUCCACCUCCUAUUUCUUAACACACCCCCUUACCUCUAUCUCUGCUGGUACUUCUCUAGCACAACAGUCUCUGCAUUUGUCUUCCUACCAGAUGGCCUUGAACAAGUGACUUUACCCUUUGCCUCACUCUUAUCUGUAAAUGGAGAUCAUAACAGAACCUACCUCAAGGGGUUAUUGGGGGGCGCAGUGAGCUAAUGCAUGUCGAGUGCUCAGCACAAAUAAAUAAGUACUCAUAAGGUUACCUGUUACUGUCCUCCAGGAAGCUACCAGGUCAUCUUGCCAUGUCGCAUCCUGGCUUAAAAGUGUUGGAUAGUCCCAGUACUUAGUUUCCUGUUGUGUUUAAGAGAGAGCUUGACCUUCUGAGCAUAAUGCAUGAGGAUCUUCAUGAUUUGGGUCUGCACUGCACAGCUCUGGCCCCACUGUUUUUUUCUCUUGACUUCUGUGCUCCAACCACUAUGAACUUCCAUAGUUCCUGAAGGCACUAUGAUAUCCUUCUCCUGACCUUGUGAGCUUUCUUAGUCCUUUGUAUGUCCCUUAUCACAACACUUGCUAUGCUAGAAAUGCCUGUUUAUCUGAUUCCUCCUUCAGCCUUACUACUUGUGAGUUGUACACAUUUAGACACGUUAUACUUUAUACAUUUAAACUGUGUUGUAAAGUUAAGCUUCAUAAAUUAUAACUCUAAGCCUCGGUUAUGAUCAUUUAUAAAAUUACUUGCAAAAAGGGGAUGGUAAUUCCUACCUUACAAGUUGAUGCCUGGAUCACUGGCCCAGAGGCCCAGAGGAAAGCCAGAAUGAUAAGGCAAAACUUGUUCCUGCAAGUCAGCCUAGGCAGGGUGUCCAGCAGAGCCAGAGGGGGCUGCGUGGAAGGUGGAGGGACCAGAAGACCCAGGAGUAAAGAACAUUGUUGGGGUUUGUGAGAGAAGAGGAGAUGUCUGGCUGGAAGACCAGGGCCCAGACAGGGCAUGGGCACCAGCUUCGCCCUCCCCUUCCACUGCUCUCCAGAGCUGGGUGGCCUUGGCGGGCACCUCACUGGCACCACUGCACAGACAGGCCCUGGCCUGACCACUGCCAGGCUGUCCAGGGUCCACUGUCCUCUUGUGCUGCCCUUAUAAGCUGGGAUGUCCCCACUCUUUGUCCUUCUCUUCCCCAGUGCUGAGCUGAGGAGCUUGGAGGAAGGGAAGGCCAGCUGUCCUGCUGCUUGUUGCUGCUAGCUGAGACAGUAUGAACUCUGCAGCCCCGAUUUUCAGCCUCUUCCUCCCGGCUGGAGGUGAUUUAAGCUUGUUGGAUUUAUAUAACAUUGGGAAACGGUAAACUGUGUAAAUUUGCUAUGUUUUCCAGGGACAGUUAUUUAUGGAGAGGCAUUUUUAACUCAAGUGUAGAAGUGUUAAAUCAUUAUAAUAAAUUCAUGCUAUUCA